AUGAAGGAGACCAGUCGCUUCGAUCUCAGGCGGAUGCAGUCCAGCGUUUGCUCCUCGGACGAUGUUGCGGUGCUGGUGAGGGUCUUAGCGGUGCUGCUGCUUCUGGUCGUCGCGGUCUCCGUCGUGAGCACGUCGACGGAGCAGAAGCUGUGGGCUUGGAGCGUCAGCUCGGAGGAGGAGAUCAGCUACCGGCCUCCCACCAGUCUGAUGCACAACAUGAGCGACGAGCAGCUGUUCGAGCAUGCGUUGAGGGUGAGCAAGCUGAGCAAGUAUCGAUCGAGGGGGACGCCCAAGGUUGCGUUCAUGUUCUUGGCGGAAGAACGCAUCUCUCUGACGCCUCUCUGGGACAGGUAUUUUAGAGGAUAUCAAGGGCUCUACUCGACCUACAUCCACAGUUCGCAGGGCGACUAUGCAGUGAAUUCAGUGUUCUACAAGAGGCAGAUCCCCAGCACGGCGUCCGACAGCAAAAGCUUCUCCACGAUAGACGCCGCGAGACGACUCCUGGCGAACGCACUGCUCGAUCUCUCGAACGAGCGCUUCGUCCUGCUGUCGCCCGCCUGCAUCCCGCUCUUCAACUUCAGCUUCACCUACAAGUACCUGAUGAGCUCCAAGUACAGCUUCGUGGAGGCCUUCGACAUGCCCGGCCCCGGCGCGAGGGGCCGCUACACCCCCAAACUCGCACCCGAGGUCGGCCUCUCGCAGUGGCGCAAGGGCACGCAGUGGCUGGAGGUGAGCCGCCGGGUGGCCCUCGUCGUCGUCAACGACACCACCGUGUACCCCAAGUUCGAUCGACUCCGCAGUGAGAUGAUCGUGCAGCACGAGCACUACUUCCCUACCGUGCUCACGGUCAAGGCCGCCCACAUCAUAGCUAACAGAAGCAUAACAUGGGAGCUGUGGAGAAGCGGGCAGUUCGAGCCGGUGACGUUCGGGAUGGAGGAUACCACAGAGCAACUCCUGCGGAAGAUCAAUGAGGAGCACGAGUGCUCCCACAAUGACAAGCCGACGGCAGUCUGCUUCCUCUUCGCCCGGAGGUUUGCUCCAAGUGCUUUGUGGCCUCUGCUGAAACUGGCACCCACUUCCCUUGGAUUUGGUUCUCGUGAAACUUAUUGA